AUGGCUAUAUUUUUUCCGUAUACGGUCGUUUCUGGUCGCCGUAAAGCUCGAUCUGGGAUACCAAAUGUUGUUACCAACUUGAAUCAAUUCAUUGAAAAUAUCACGUGCCGAUAUGAAUAUGAUAUUUGGGGACCUUAUAUUGAUUGGGAUAUAUUUGUUAUUGUUGGUGGUUCAAUUGUUUCGUCUUUACUUGUCGAAUCUUUAACAAAAAAUACAUCUGAUAUCGAUUUAUUCUUUUUAAAACAAAAUGCACGAAUAUUAAAACUGCAGUAG